CUAAAAGUCGAGAAGUCACGUCAAAACGGAAGAAAAACAUUUCCACGCGGUUUUUCAAAGUAACGUUGAGGGCUGCACGUCAAUCAACGCUUUAAGAAACUUCACUACGCUUCACUGCUGGCUGGCUGGGGUUUGCUACAAUCACUGAAGGUAAAGAUGAUUUCAGUUCAGAAUCUGAGAGAGCUGAUCAACGAGCGACUAACUGCUGCUGCUGAAGAAAUAUUCACAGAGUUUGAAAGAAUCAUCGUCCACUACCAGGAGGAAAUCGAUCGUCAGAGUCGACUGCUGGAUAACAUCUGGAAACCGGAGAUAAAGUUAAACACAGCAGACGUUCUACAGCAACAUGUCCAGGAGGAGAAUGUUCUUGCUGAGCAGAAUCUCUGCAACCAGGAGAGGAACUCCAGUCUGGACCAGGAGGACCCAGAACCUCCAGAGAUGAAAGAGGAGCAGGAGGAACUCUGCAUCAGACACGAGGGAAUGCAGCUUGCACUGGUUCAGUGCAAAUCCGAAUGUGAAGAAAUAUCCAGAGAAAUAUUUGGAGUUUCUGAUAAACCACUCAGCCAGCUGGAUGGAGAGAUGGAUUAUCAGAGCAGGCUGCUGGAUACCAUCUGGAAACAACAACUAAUUUUACACAGAACUGACCUCCCACAGCAACAUGUCUGCAAAGAGAGGAAGGGCCUCACUAAUCUACUGCUCUGUAACCAGGAGAAGAACUUUAGUCUGGACCAGGAGGACCUAAAGCCUCCACAGAUUAAUGAAGAACAGGAGAAAAUCUGCACCAGUCAGCAGGGAAACCAGAUUGUAUUGAAUCAAGUGACUGAUACCUUUCUAUUGAAUUCAACUGAUAAGGAGAGUGACCACAGUGAAGUAGAACCAAACAGCGACCAGCUCAUCUCUGACAGUUUACCAGUAGGUGAGAGCCCACAUCAGGAAGGAAGUCAGCAUGUAGACUCAGAGUCAACUAGAAAUGCAGUGCUGAAGCCAAAUAGUCGUAACACAAAGAGCAGUCACAGUAACAAUGUAGACAAGUCUUCAUUGUCAGGAAUUCACCAUGAUACUGAUGCAGGUAGAAAGUCUGUAAAAUGUGAUGUUUGUGGAAACACCUUUAAGAAUAAAUACCAACUAAAGAAACAUCACCAAAUCCACAAAUGUGUAAAACCAUAUGCUUGCAAUGCAUGCGGAAAAAGUUUUAGUUUCUGGUCUAAGCUGAAAGUCCACAUGAAAACUCACACAGGUCAGAAGCCUUAUUCUUGUGAAACAUGUGGGAAAAGUUUCAAUAGCAGCAGUCAUCUGACUAUCCACAUGAGAACUCACACAGGUGAGAGGCCGUACUCUUGUGAAACAUGUGGGAAAAGUUUCAGUCAAAAUAGUAGUCUGACUGUCCACAUGAGAAUUCACACAGGUGAGAGGCCAUAUUCUUGUGAAACAUGUGGAAAAAAUUUCAUUGAACGUGGUGGUCUGACUGGCCACAUGAGAACUCACACAGGUGAGAGGCCGUAUCCUUGUGAAAGAUGUGGGAAAAGAUUCAGUCACCGUGAUAAUUUGACUGGCCACAUGAGAAUUCACACAGGUGAGAGGCCGUUUUCUUGUGAAAAUUGUGGGAUAAGUUGCAGUACUAAUAGUGAUCUGACGAUCCACAUGAGAAUUCACACAGGUGAAAGGCCUUAUUCUUGUGAAACAUGUGGGAAAGGUUUCAGUAAAAAUAGUAGUCUGACUGUCCACAUGAGAACUCACACAGGUGAGAGGCCAUAUUCUUGUGAACGAUGUGGGAAAAGUUUCACUGAUCGUGGUAAUCUGACUGUCCACAUGAGAACUCACACAGGUGAGAAACCGUAUUCUUGUGAAACAUGUGGGAAAAGUUUCAGUCAAACUAGUAAUCUGACUGCCCACAUGAGAACUCACACAGGUGAGAGGCCAUAUUUUUGUGAAAGUUGUGGGAAACGUUUCCGUCAAAGAAAUGCUCUGAUGAUCCACAUGAGAACUCACACAGGUGAGAAGCUGUAAUCCUGGAACAUCAGUGAGGACAAACCUUAUUUUAGUAAUCCUCAUGUUAAGUUCAUGUGUAUGGUUGUUUACCUGUCACUUACUGAAACUUUACUUUCCCAUGUCUUUGUAUUUGUAGUUUUCAUGUUGCUGUAUUAUUUUCAUAUUAUCAAACAGCAUAGUCAGCAUGGUCGCCUGAUGGAGAGUUUCACAGCCAAUACAGAAAUCCCACAGAACACAGAAGUCAGGUCACUCUUAUACCCUUUGGUGAUGUAUGAAGUCACAUCUGGUUCUAUUUAAGACUUGGUAAAAACUGGAUACCCCCACUUCGAUCAGCCCAUAGGCUCUGUAGGGCCCAUCCAUCACUAUCUGGACAGUGGGCCCCUAAGUCAACAUAGCAUAGAGUUUCCUGGACAGAAAAACACAUUCCAAUGAAAUGAGUUCCUUAUGUCUUUAAGUUCUCUUUGUGGUAAAGAACUCCUAUCAGAACUCAGAACAGAUACUACACACUUGCAUGAAGCAAAUGGCUGCACCGUUUGUUUUACUUGGUAAUCACUAACUGUUAAAAAAUUCGAACUCAGCGGUUUAAUUUAACUCAGAAAUAUGUAUUAGUGUGAACACCAAAUUUUAAAACAGUCAGUACGACCAACUUUGUACUGUGAGUCAGUGAUACGACACAGUGUGAUCCUGUUGAUCAGACAUGUACAGAUUUCUCUGGUAGGAUUCUCACCUGCUGAACUCACUUCAGAUCAACUUCAGACACUUUUCACCUUCAUGUGUCGAGGAAUCAUUUGGAGAGAAGAAGCUGCUCGUUCUCCCUUGUCAGUCCUGCUGUCUGUGAGCAUUUGAUCUGAGGACGUUUUCACCGUCACAUAACCUCAGAGUUCAAAUAAAUAGUCCAAAACAGAGAGACAUCAGAACCAGUCUAACCUGUGGCAUAAACCAGGAUGUGGUUCUACUGUCUGUUCACUAGAUGGAGCUAACUGACCUUUAAAUAAUCUGAUCAGCUGCACGUUAAAUGAUGGGAUGACAGAGCAGCAGUUUGGACCACAUCAUCACUUAACAUCACUUAAUCAUACUGGAGCUGCACAAUAUAUCAUCUAAGCAUGGACAUAAAGGCUCUUUUCAUUUUCCAUGACUAAUCUACAAGAGGAGUCUGUCUGAUAAAACAUCAUUUACUACAAUUUAAUGGUUCUUGACUACGUAACAUGUAGUAUCUCAAUGUCAGGUUUGUUUUGAUACUCUUCCCAAUAGUCCAUUAAGCCCUGUUUCACUCACAGAUUUUUUAGCCACAACACAAUCUUCACUUCCCACCAAUCCUAUUGGUCAGAUCUGGCCUUUUUCUCUUCAUCAGUUAAGGUUUAAGUAGACGGCCAAGUGAAGGAGAUCCAGCAGCCAUUGCAGAUGGUGACAUGUUUAUGUUUCUUGCUUCAGCAGACUCACUAUCAUCUGCAAAUGUUGCAAUUCUUAUCGACAAGACUAAAUUAUUUAUCAUUCUAGAGAAAACUUGGGGUUUUCUUCAACAGAACGUUAAUUUCCUAUGUCCUGAGACCAAAACAUUCAGAUCGUAUUUAAGUCAAAGUAUCACAUUUAUAGUGUUACUGAUGUAAAAAUAGGCAAGAAUGAACAUACAGUUUCAAAAGUAAAAGUGGUCAUUGUGCAAAACUGUCUCCUGUGACUUUCUGUUGGCAGCAAGCCACCAUCCAAGGUCCUCUGUCUGACCAUCAGGAGCCGUUUGAGAGCAACUGGGACAUUUGACAUGUGGACAGGAGAAGCUGGACAUUAGUGAAUAUCCCACUUCAUAAAUAAAGGCCAUGGUGGGUAUUUUACCUCAUCACCUGACAUUAACUUUCCCUCUGACUCAGAGAGAAAAGCUGAACUCUGUUAUGAUACAUCAUUGUAAGGUCUAAGUAGAGUCAAAGCACUCUCAGCUUUUUCUGUCAGGCUCAGUUCUGCAGAAUUGAAUUUAAUAAGAAAAUUGAAGGAGCUGUUCCAACAGCGAUGUUGUUAUUCCAGCUGUGCCACUGUAGUCUUUAAUGGGUGUAAGCAGCAGUAGUGAAUGUGCAGAGCUGGUUGUACUGGCUCAGUCUUGUGUUGAGGCUACUUGAAAACUCAUUCAUAGUUGUAGCAUCACAAAACCAGCCACAGCUUCACCGUCACAGCCAGCAUCAGCCUGUUAAAAAUCAUCAAAAAAAAUGCAUCAGUGCAAAGACUCUAUCAUAAAGAUGGAUGUAGCGCCUGGCUCCAAAAAUGAAGCCAACACGGAAGUGUCAAAAUCUUACAAUAUCACACUGUCUGCCAGGGGCUGCCUCCAAAAAGCUCUGGCUCCAUAGACCUCAAUUCUACAUGGGAAAAACUGAAACUCCAUAGACUGCUUUUCUACGGCUCAGGAUUUUUUCCCGUUAGUCUUCAUGGUCAAAACGAGAGAUCAGGUGGCCAAUCUUAAAAUAAAUCGAUAUUGAAUUUUAUACUGAGCAUUAAAGUUUUGCAAAGUUAGGGGGCGGAGCUACUUGAUUGACAGUCUGGUCUGAAAUGAUUGACAGGUCAGCCAGCCUAGACACUCAUUCACCAUCAACUCUGGUCUCCUUGUUUGGAUUUAAUUCUGUUAUGAUAACUGUUAAUGUAUCGGUGGAGCAGCAGAACAUUUUUCACAGACAAUUUUUAUUCCCAGUUACCCGUUUUCUAACUUCGGUUGAUUCUACUAGCAGACACUGAAAGGACUCUGAUAGUUUAGUAAGUAAAUGUUUAUUUUCUUAUUGGUGCCGGUUUUAAUUCACUUUAUAUGCAAUUUUAGUGUCAGAUAUAAUGUGUGCCAUGCACUCCAGAUGUUGGUGGAGUUCAUUUCUGUGUGUAUUUGUCAUCCACCUAAAAAUUACCAUCUAGAAAAUUCACAAAAGUAUUUCAUAAGUUUUGCACGUUUAAAAGUUUAUUUGAAUAAAUUAGUAUGAUUUUGUCAAGUAUUAAAUAUGUCAAGCAUUCCAUGUAUUUACAAAUAAAUACAUACAUAGAUAAACUAGCAUUUAGUAAAUCAUCAAGAUAAUAUGAGUUUCCUAUUGCACUUUGUAAUCAGAAGCACAAUUUCCAGCGAAAUAGCAGCAGUAAUAGUUGUUGUCAGUACUGCUUCUUUUUCAUUGUUAAUUCAGUGUGUUCUGUUUAGUGUGUUCUCCGGAGUCUUGGUGUAUUUAGCUGUGUUCAGCUUUGGCCGUCUUGUGGCUUUCCAGUAAAUUCUGUGCUCCAUGUGUUACUUCAUGUAUUUAGUUGUAUCUCCUGCUCUGCCUCCUGCUUCUCCAGUUAUGUAUGUCUUCACUUUAGAUGUCUUAGCUCCAUGUAUUUAGUGUGUCCCUUGUCUCCCUUCUAAGUUUCGUGUUCUUGGUUUUCAGAGUUCAAUUUCUGUUAGUUUAGUCUUUAGUUUGGUUUGUUUCAUUGAUGAUUCUCCGUAGUUCACUCCCCUGUCUUGUUUAUUUUACCUGAUUUCGACUCCUGUAUAAAAUUGUGCACCUGGUGAUUUUCACAUUCUUUAAAUAAACACCUUUUUCCACUGA